AUGAAUAGCUCGAAGGAUCCGAUGGCGGAAUUAGAAGAAGGUGGGACGUCCAAAACAAAAGCAUUCAAUGGUGUCAUUUCAGUGGAAUUAUCAGACAUUGCUCAUGCAAUCAAGCCCUUUGGAUGGGCAGUACCUCUGUAUCCGGCUUCAGUCCAACAGGUAUAAGCUAUAUGAAUCAUCAUACGGACUCGUCUUCCGAGAGUGGAUUUAGGCGUGCUACGUAACACGUCCCCCGAUCAAGUACUUGAUGGGGGACGCAUUACAUUUGGUCCUCUAUACUGUUCAUAAGAGUUUACAAAGAGACAUUUUAUUUACGCGUCAAUAUUAAAAGUACAUUUAUUUUGAAAAUAAUAGCUUUUAAGUGAAUAAAAGCAUACUGAAAUUGUUAAACGCCCCAUCAACCAUAAGAAGUUUUAUUGUUAUUGGGGCGUUUAACAAUUUCUAUGAAGAUUAAUCUUCACCCACACAAUCACGCACUUAUCAAAAGUAACCAGAUCCACCGGAUCCUGUGACAAAACAAAGAACUUAUCUCGCAAAUUAUAGUUAAAUAAAAGUUUUAAUCUUGCCAAUUCAAAGCGCCAGUCUAAAACAUAAGUUCACUUUAUAGGUUUUUUAACUGUUUUUCAUAAAUAUUUCAUUCAGAUGACCUUUUUUCCAUCAUAUGUCUAAUUUUCUUAAGGCCGUGUUAAAUUAGAAAAUUUGUUAAAACGGAAGUGAAUACUUGAGUUUUAGCUGUACGCCAUAAAUUCACGGUACUCUUCAGAUAUAUGACACUCACACAGUCCGCUUGUAAUGAACAAGUAAGUGAGCACAUUCAAAUCAAGGUUUUUUUUCCACAUUUAGGUGUACCUAAUUCUUUUAUAUAUGACGAUUAAGGGGUUAACUGAAUGAGUCAGUGUUAAAAGAAAGCACAUGAAAUCCUUGACAUAAGGGAAUAAUUGUGCUACCAGGCGUUUUUCUGCUUCACACUUCAUAAAAGCUUGACCAAUUUUUUAGUUUCUGUAAAAAGUAAGUUCUGCAGGAUGAAAAUCGGAGGCAAAGUUACUGAUUAAAGAAUCAAUUGUUGGCAGUCAGAAACGCGUACAGGGAAGAUUAAUGCAGUCGUUCGCGAAAAUUUAAGUGACGAGCGGUGUAGAAUUUUAAAUAUUGAAUUGGUUUAAAACGGAAAGGGUCCACGUCGACAUUUUAGCCAUAUAUUUAAGGAAGAGUUUUCGCUACCACACGGGAAGAUUGAGAAUAAGAAAUAUCUUACAUUAGCGAUGUCGAGUUUACGGUGAAUUUUCUUGAAGAAAAUGUAAAUCGUGAGAGUUACGCUCUUGACACAGUCUACACGCCUUUAUAGAUUACAGAAUGUGGAACUCAGUGACAGAAGUACAGAGCCGUAGCCCCAAGAUGCAUAGGAACAAGAAUGCAGCGGUUAUCGCUAAGACAGCAAUCGCCCCAGCAUUUCUGCGUUUUCGGCUGUUUCGAAUGUGUGCAUAACUUUUCAAAAUUAUUGUAAACAUUUUCCCGCAACUGAAAGUACAUUGGGAAAUCAAAGUUUCUGAUCAGUGUCUGCAUCGCCAGUUUUAAAAGACGGACAUCGAAUUUUAGGAGAUUUCAUUAUGCAAGUAUUUUAACUUUUGGAAAUUGCUAUUGUCAAACGUUUUGACAAGAGGUGUCCAUGAGACUUUUGUAUUAAGAUUAACAAAAACCUCAGCUUUGGCUAUAGAAGACAAUGCUUGUCUAAAAUAUGUUCAAAACGUAAUUUUUAGAAUUCGUCGCCGAUGGUAAGAACGAUUGCGGAAAAUUCACAAUUGAAGCCAACAACCUCCAUCUUCACAUCUCUUCCACAAAUGUCGUCUGCUCAGUGCGUUAUUUCUGAGUGUGCAAGUGACCAAGAAACGGCAACAUCUUCAACGCUUCCGAGAAACACUUCCUUUCCCUCGUCCAUGAUUUUUUCCCGCGCUCGACAUAACAGCAGCCCACAAGCCGCACAACCGGACAUCGAAAUCUCUACUGACCACUCACUCACGUCUAGUGUUCCACAGUCCUCCUCGAAGAUGCCCAUAGCAUUAUUGGUUUACCCGUCGGAAGAUAGCCCGCAUCGUGCCGAGGACCGACUUCCCAGGUGCUAUCUUGUCAUUAACGAUCAGUCUGGGCAGCAGCCUCGAUCAGGUUUUGAACACCCACGUCUUCCUAUAAGUUCAACGUGGUCGGACCAAAAGUUUUUUGAAACAAGGACUGACACGAGGCCGGCGGAUUUUCCUCCUCCCCAGGAAUAUGAGAAAACGUUGCCAAUCCCCCGCCUACAAACAACUGUCCCAUCACAUCUCAGUCCUCGAUCUCAGGGUUUAGCCUGCCUACGCAAUUUAAACAAAAUAUUUAUCCAUCAGCAAAUCCAACUUUUAGAAGGUAAGUAGGCCGAUGACUCUCUCCACAUCUGUCUUUGAUCAUGGCGAUAAAAGUAUAUAUCAGUUAGUAAGGGUUGUUUUUACGAUCUUUCGCCUCAAAUAUACCCCAUAAUUUCGAUCAACAUUAAUAAGGCUUCGCAACAUUCAAAUUAUUGAUCAGGAAAAUGUGAGUUUUGUGACCCUAUACGAACGACGAAUUAUUUAAUGUAGCACGGAUUUUGCCACUUGGAACUCGACGAUGCCCACCGUGUGCCCCACAGCAGGGUAAGAGUAGGCGUGGUGAUUUGUACAGAGGACGCCGCACACCCUCCCCCUUGGGCAUAUUCAAGUAGACCGGGGACGGGGAAGGACGGAGAUGGCUGACAUGGCCGGAUCAGCACCAGGGGGUACCGCAGAACUCCCUGGUCCACAAAAAGCGCUUGAACAGGUAGCAAGGAUCCCAGUGUGCGUGGUGUGGGUCAGAAAUUGGGUCUACCCGCACAUUCCGAAUGUUAACAUGUGUUAUGGGUGUGCAGUCCCGAUAACGAUGGCCAGAAUCAAUUUAAGCCCCCAUGUUAGUCCGGCGAACUUACCGCGCGACCCGUAUUGGGGGCACACUGAGAGCUCAUACUCUAACAAACACACGUAACUGGCAGCUCUUAAAUCAGCGUAUGAAGAAACAUUCAUGCUUCCGUGUUUUUUGUCGUGUGUACUAAGUUUUACGGCCCAAAGCAAGAUGCCACACAGCACGUGACCGGUGGCUCUUCACUCAGUAUGCGAAAGAACAUGCAUGUCUUUGUGUUUUAUACCACAGAACUUUAGUGAGUAAUAAUGGCGACCAAGCCACUUUUUGUUCUGACAGAUGUUGAAUACUGUUCCAAAGCGCUUCACUCGCCGUGAUGGCGAAACAUCUUUGAAGUGCCUUCUAACUUAUGCUUAUCGCAGAGUAAAAAGGUGAUUUUAGUAUUUGCCAUAGUCAGAAAUGCCUUCUAUGUACGGUACAGGCCAACACCAUCGAUAAAGUGAUAAAAUAACCUGCUAAAUACCUGAUUAGUUUGCAAAACAAGGUUAGUAUCCCCAACAUACGGACGUCCUAGUAGUCAUAUAUUAGGAAAGUGCGAUCUGGUUAGUGGCUCUCUGUUCAUGGUCUCUGCCACCAGUAAAAUCUUUUUGCAAGUGGAAGCUAGUGGGUCAGAACGCGCUAUACGAACUAGCACUAGAUCUGCGAUAACAGAUAUCAAGGCGCUGACGAACAUCGGCUUGAUAUCUUCCUUCUGACUUAUCUGGCAGACUUCAUAUAUAAGCCGGCUGCAUUGCAUGCGCGUCCUUGUUUGUGUUUCUGGUUCUAGAUUAUUGUUUGGGUGCGCAUAUAUGUAAUUUAUUGGCUUCAAAUUUCCCCGGAGUGCCUAUGUUAUGAACUUGCAUAGGAAACUCUGUGCCAAACCCCUUGCAGCUGCGUCAUGUAUCAGCCGAACCGUCGCAAAACCGUGCCUGGUACUUAUGUUAAAGGUGCGUUAUAGACCAUUUCAAUGUGAAUUUAUACUACUACUACUACUACUACUACUACUAGCACUACUACUACUACUACUACUUGUACACUUGGUUUUGAGAAUAAGCACAAAAUACUUAUUCCGCAGAAUUUAAUUGCUUUUAACUCAAGUUUUCUUUACGAUUUCGGCUCUGUCUUUAAAUCCUUCUCCUAAUAUAUUGCGAAAUUACCUCCUUCAUGUUAAUGUGUAUGCUGAACUUAAUCUAGACGGAGGCAUGGGAGAUUGGGAUGGUCAUCCCAGCUCCUCUUGUCUUUAUCAGACCACGUUUCAGAACAUAUCCCUGGUUUCUAGGCCACUGUCUGUUGGGCCAUUUAGUGAGAUCAAACGUAUAUCGUGACGAGAUAAUUCUUUAACCUGAACGGCGAACAUACCUCUAACUUGACUAUAUGCAUAUAUAAGGCCUUUAUAUAAAUAAACAGGCCAAAGACAGAACCAUCGGAAAUGUCUUCCAAGCCUUAAGGAUUUACUCAAAGAGUAUUAAGUUUCAUCGCUCUGAUGCCCACUAAAAUAUAAUGCAUAUAAGAAAUCCUGAUUAUUUGCAAUCUCCCAUGUCUCCGUCCAGACUUAGCCCAACAUAUAUAUAUGAAACAGCUACUUUCGCAAUUUACUAGGAGGAAGAUUUGAAGUCAGUCCCGAAAUCGCAAAGAACAUUUGAGUGAAAGGCAACUGGAUCCUGCGGAAUAGUUGCUUUGUGUUUAUUCUCAAAGCAAGCUGUGCAAGCAGUAGUAUAAAUUCACAUUGGAAUGGUUUAUAACACACUUUUAACAUAGAUGCCAGACAUGGUUCCACUGGUAUCUGGCGCAACUGUAAAGGGUUUGGCAUGGGAACUCGAGGGAAAUUUGAAGUCAAUAAAUUUCGUACAUGCAUAUCCAGGCAACUAUCUUGGAUCAGAACCACAAACAAGGGCACUUAUGUAACGCGACGGGCUUAUAGAUGGUGUCUUUUAGAUAAGACAGAAACAAUUUUUCAAACCGAUGUUCAUCAGCGCCUUGUCAGAUCACGUUUCAGAACAUAUUUCUGGUCGCUAGGCCAGCGAUGUAGGAACAAACGUACACCGUGACGAGAAUAUUCUUGGGCCUGAACGGUGAAUAUAUACAUGUAUAAAGUCUUUAUGAAAAUGCACAGCCCUAAGAUCAAACCAUUGAAUAUGUCUUCAGAGCCCUAGGGAUUUAAUCACAGAUUACCGGGUUUCAGCACUCUGACGCCCACUAAAAUGCAAGGCAUAUAAGAAAUUCUGAUUAAUUGCAAAGGGGUGAAGGAUCCAUUUGCUCUACGCAACAGCUGUUUCCAGCAGAAAUGCAAAGAGAGCGGGUCAGUUUGUCGUCCAGUCGAAUUGGGGUCAAACCUAGGGCAUCAUCUUGAAUAAAAGUUUACCUUCUUCCUCCCGUUGUGCGCAGUUAGCGCAUCUGUUGGGACACAGCCCCUCAUGCCGAAUCCAGAAACCGUACAGCCGUUUGUUUAUUCAAAUAAUUUAUAUGGUCAACAGACUCUGGAAAAGAAACAGUCUUGACAUUUACGGUCUUUAAUCUGAAAGCAUGGCCUCGCUGCUUAAAAUUAACUUAGUGUUUAGGGGCAGAAAUUUAUAUCCUGCAAACUUUUUUCACGAAAAAGAAAUCUUUAUAUCUUUUUUAUAGCAAACGACAGGGUGCAGGCCGAGAGACGCACGUAUUCCAGAUUCGUGUUGAGGACCAUUACCGCCACUUCUUCGGACUUGCCGUUUCUUCACGGCAAUAAAUAAUUAAUUUGGAAAGUAAAAUCUCAAGAAUUUCAAAAAAUGCUAUUAGAUAGUACCAUUUUCCCAACCCGAAUAUUCCACGGAUUUCUUCCAAAGCGUCAAUACCUCAAGGUUUAUUUAAUAACCUUUCAUAAAAAUUAUACUUUAGCUAAAAUGAGUGAAAAAUGCAUGUCAGAUCAUCUUAAUACUAAAAGAACAUCGCACCAAAAGUGUAAUAUUCUGCCAAAGGCAGUCGGUAAUAUACAAAUACUGAAGAGGGACGUGAACACAACGACUGACGUUACUGGGUUCACUACUAUGCAUGCUUAAGUUUAAUCGUCGAAGCUGACGAUGUACACCACAGACGCAGGGACGGCGAGUUGUCCACGAACUAGUUCAUGGCACUAGUAGACUUGUGCAGCAUCUACCACACCCUUUCUUUUUCUUCAACCUCGAGUAGACACGCACGGUGGACCUCGCGCAACAAACAAGACUCUUACUAGAGGGAUCAUGGACAGCUCACUGAAGAGACUUGCACAAGUGUCACGCUAGGAAGCUACAACUGCAGUUUGCCACCUUGUCUGAGAGGUAUCAAGCUGCUUCAUCAGUCUGAGACCAAACGAACUGCUAAUUUUAGGAAGUAGUCGGUUGGGUUAGAGACGGAAAUAAAAACUACUCUCCGAAACACAGGCGACCUUUAGCAAAUUUCAGGAAGAGUACUUUUUAAGUGUCCUAAAUCUAACUCUAAAUCAAACUUUAGCUUAGGCCAUGAACUUACCACCACCCUUAAACUUAACCCUCUGUUUAAUCCUGGUCCUUAUCUCCCUUGGGUUCAGCCCAAGGGGUAGGGGCACCUGUUACCGCGUGCUGUCGUCAGUUUGUCAUGCCGGUAAAAUUGCAUGCCGUAUACAUCUACGGCAAGUUCGAUUCAGUCUAUCGGAGGUGAGAUCAGGCGGAAUAGCUCACACAAUGGGCCUCCUUCGUCUGCCGUACUUCAUAUUUCUGUGUGAUAUUUAUUCAGAAGUGUUGGAACGAUCAGUAUGAUUUUGGUUUUUCGUCUCGCACUAUGGUUUACCUCCCUGAGGGGCAAACAGAUCUUAGAACUGCGCAAACCUAAUUAGAUCAGCGUGCUUUCCAUCGUGACGUGUGCUCACAGGAAGCGAAUAGAGUCGCGAUUUUCAUUACAAUUCAGAAGGCAACGUCUGUGCUAUAGCUAUAAGACUUACUGAUCAUAAAUCCCCAGCAAGAACAGUAAAACCCCCACAACCGUAUUAACUAAAUGUCAUUGUUCCUCUCUUUGCCUUAACGGUACUAAUUCACAGUGUGCCAAGAACGCCAAAUUUCGAGGAGUUGAAUGAAUCUAAAGUCGUUGGUUGUCCUCUAUCAGUCCCAUUCGAGCUCGACACUAGAAAGAUCCGGGGGUUUUGCCGGAUUCCAAAAAGUAAAAACGGGAUCACGAACUUCACAGUGUGCCAAGAACGCCAAAUUUCGAGGAGUUGAAUGAAUCUAAAGUCGCUGGUUGUCCUCUAUCAGUCCCGUUUGAGCUCGACACUAAAGAGAUCCGGGGUUUUUCCGGAUUCCAAUAAGUAAACACCGGAUCACGAGCCCAAUUCUGUCACUGAUUGACGGUGGCACUCAGGGUCGCCUAAGGACAGCCUUCACCAAUCCAACAUGAGUACCCGACAGAAUAGUACAGCAGCGCCCUGUCUUCGAGAUCUGGGCUUCUACAUCGUUAGCGUUAUAAGUUGUGCUAAGGUUCUAAAAAUGGUGACUAGCGUGUUUCAGUACUCAUGGAAAAAAUUUCAGAAGAAAGGUUUUGAGAGUAACCAAAAGAAGACGUUGUCCAAAGUUACUUCCAGGUUAGGAUUUUAAUUAUCGGUCUUCCAAGUAUUUGCGUAAUCUUGACAGGAAUAAAAAUAGAUACCCAUGAAUUGUAUAUAAAUUUUAUCGUUUCAUUCCUCUUUGAAAUCACCUUUUUCUCAGAAAGGCCACAUGAUCAAUGCGCAUUUAAAUACGUCCAAUCGGAGAAGCGUUUUCUUCGAAGUUUCUAGUUGGAAUUUGGUAUACUUUUGUGUAAUUUUUGAAACAGCAACCAAGUACUUGGUUACUUCUAAGGUCUUAAAUUAUUUGGCUUGUUGUCGUCACACUAAGUUACCAUAGCAUCGUAACUCUUUGCAUAAAAAUUUGCGGAUGUUAAUGAACUAUCGCAAUAAAUAUUGAAUUCGGAGCAUUAGUUUUGAGCGGCAUUUACUGAUUUGAUAACAUUGGGCCAAAAUCUGCAGUUGCACAUUAUAUAAACGCUGAUAUAGGCCUCCCAAUCUUUUGUUAAAAGAGGAUGUACAUACCUAAGUAAAUAGUACAACGACGAUUUUUAGGCUCACUACUUCUAUAAACUAUGAUUGAAAGUGUACGACCGUCGACAGCGCAUGCUAUUUGUGUGAAUUCUAGGUAAGUACCACGUCAAAAGAUGUUAGCAUAAGAGCUAGUAUAUACAUUCUUAUUCUAGUUAACUAGUUUAAUAAUGCGACUUACUAAUGCCGCCCAUUUGAAAGAAUAACAAAGUACUAAUGUUGCUUGUUUAAGCUACUUUUUGGCUCAGUUCCCAUCAAGCAGCCUUUCCACUUUUAUAUAUUUACCAGUAUUACAUGGUGCUCGGUGUUUAAUUUGACCUUUUUCAAAAACCAGUAUGUUGAGUGUCUCGUAGUUAGUGACUGCAGCGGUAAAGGUCUAAGAAUUGUAUCGAUCUCUGAAAACUGUGCAUAACACCGGUACAUUUAAAUAAAAGGCGCACUUUUUGGCAACUUAAAAUGUUUUAUUGUGAUUGACGAGUUUACAUGUCAGCGCGCUGUUAGUUUUUUACAACCUACAACAUAUCCGAACUGUCGUUUUUAUUUAUUAUCGUUUUGUACGCAAGUGUACCUUUUCAGUUUAGAAUGGGGUUGCAGAUAAGCAUCUCCAAUGGAUAAAACCAAAUAAUUAAUCCAUGACAACGAAAUAGUCUAAUUUUCAGCGACUCGUUUACUCUUUUUAAGGUGAAACACUUAAGGCGGAUCUUAUUUUCCCAACUUGGAUGUCAUUUUUUAUUUUGUCAAAUUCGCGUACUCUAGUCCGCCAUUCCAUUGAUGUUUAUAUAAGAGACUAUGACUGUGAUAGCCGACGACUUUUUGAUGUUGAUGAAAAGCCGCAAUGUGGUUAGUUGACAGUCGGAGCCAAUGUAUCCUCGGUAUUUUAAUAACAUAAGACAAUAAUUUGUGUACUUCUUAUCCCAUUAAAAUUCAACAAAAUUGAUUCCUAGAUCGUGAAAAACCCCGCAAAAGAUAUUUUGAGAAAUAAUCAACGGACAGAUGUCUUACAAGCAAAACUAUUUAACGGAAAAGUAGUUUUUAUUCAAGUUUUGCACCCCAAGAAUGGUCAACUCCAUGCAAAAUAAUUUAAAUCUUUAUUUAUGCAUAUUUUUCGGUCUUUUGAGCAAUUAUUCCUCCUUUGACAAUUUUAGUCUUUUCAAAUUGGGAGGCCACAAACCGCUACAUUGUGAAGAAUCCCCAAGGCCAGCGGUUACUCUAUGCAACUGAAGGUACGUUAGAUGCUGUUUAUGACCUUGAGGCAAAGACCCCAUGCCCAAUCUUCUCACGCAUGAAAGACCACAAACAAACGGCCCAUGCGCCUGUUCAUGUUUCUGUACAAAAGUUUUGCUGUUUCGAGUUGAUUUAUGUUAAAAGUUCCUUUCAUGGCAUUCUGAUCUUCCUCUCGAGGGGUUCAUGUCUAUGCCACCAGUUUUUGGGAAGAAUAACAGCCUACUGGAAUUUGAUGGGUCUGGGAUCUUUUCUAAGCACUCAUUCUCGACAUUGCUCAAAUGGCUGGCUCAGACAGUGGACUGGUGCACGGAAGAUGGAAGAGAGAGAGAGGCCGACUUCGGGAGACUCCAUCCCCGCUGCGCUGCGGCGCAUUCCCCACUAUAAUACAUCUGAGGCGUCUAAAUCUACCACGGCGCAGUCGAAAGGUUGCUACUGGUUGCAUGGCUGCUUAGUCAUCCCCGACCUUCUCGCCCGUUGUGGUGUCGUCGUAUUUGGUUAAAAUCUUGGCCAGAUGUUUGUUGUGGACCAGGGGCUGUGGUGUAUGUGGGUUCGGCCGUGCCAGCCACCUGCGCCUUCUCCCGCCUCUGGUCUGCUUGACUGUCUCCUGACAAGGGGGUCAGGUGGAGGAGACAGUGUGGUAGAUGCUAUGCAAGUCUACCCUCACUGUAAACUAAUCCCUACGCAUGUCACCCUGCCUGCUUCAUCUUGCUGUGGAGCACAUGGUGGACACUGUCGGAUACGACGGUCGAACUGCCAUAGAAUGGACGUCUAGUGAGUCGUAAAUCAGGCUCAAUGAAGCACUUUCACGCAUGUGAAAUCCUAACUAAGCACCUCUUUGUGCUAAAAAGUGGUGUGCUUUGUGGGGGAUUUAGGUCACUCCUGUCGGGCGCAGACCGACUGUUUAACUCUGCCAGCCAAAUGCCUUCAAUCUGCGCAUCAGACGACUGACCGGCCCGCAUAAUGGACUGCUGCCGAGGAGCAAGAGAGGAGACAGUGAAGUUGACUCGGGAGUGGAAGUAAUCACGGCAUUCGGCGCACAUUUCCCAUGACUGACUGACGAGAUAACUCGGUCCUCCUCUCAAGACGACGAGUUAGACUGCAGUGGCCGCUUAGUAUGGUCUUUAUAGCACUGCCACUCACUUGGGAGCAGAGUGGCCUCUCUUCGUUAGUUGCAUGAAAAACUGGUCCUUCGUGAGCGAACGAGACGUGCGUGGCGCGCGUAGACGGGCCUUCGCUUUUCUUACUGUAUUGUGACACUGGGAUCCGGUGGGUGAGGAUGGAGGGAGUGUGGUAGAUGAAGCGCAAGCCCACUACCGCUAAAAACAAAUUCAGGCGCACGUCACCAUCCCCCACCCGUAUUGGGCUGAGUGUUUAUAGGUGUGAAAAACAGGAACUAGCCGGCGAUAAAUCGAAACAUUAGGCGUUGGGAUCUGCAUUGAUCAGUCCACAGUCUAUCGAUCCCACCCUGAGCCGCAGGCCCACUGUUCGUUCUCAGUGUUCUCGAAUAUUUGGAGUCACAUAUAUGCAACCUUUAGAUAUCUGACUUAAUUCUAUAAUAAAUUCCCCGUCGUAGAACGCUCGCUGGCCGUCGCAUAGAAGUGAACAAUCGAUAGUCUGGAGGUUUGCUAGUCGAAACAAAAUAACCAGUCUUGUCGCUUUCUAAUUUCCUCAGAAAUUAUCGAGGAAGUUGGAGUAGAUAAGUUUAUUCAAGGUCCAUAGGCUCAGAUGGCGAAUUUUAUGCAUGAAUAUUUGGGUCAAAAUCCAUCAGACACAGCGGGUGACCGCGUAAUAUUCAUUAACUGCCGACAGGAAGUUAGUAGUAUACUUUAGGGUAAGGUGAUACCAUACUAACAGCACAGGUACUAGCCAAAAGCCCAUACGCGGGUGCUCCGCCGAUGUUUUGCCGCUACAUGACGCAGCUGCCAGGAGUUUGGCUCGCCAUUGAGUUUCCCAGCAUUCCUCACGUGUUUUCUAUAGACUCCUAUAGACCUUUAAUAAACUGGUCUACUCCAACUUCGUAGAUAAUUUUUGAGGGAAUUGAAAAGCGACAAUUUCUAAAUUGGAGCAUCUACCAGAAAAUACACGGGGAAUGCUAGGGAACCCAAUGACGAGCCGAACGCCUCGCAGCUGCGCCAUGCAGCGGCAAAACAUCAGCGAAACACGCGUGUAUGGGCUUUUGGCUAGUACCUGUGCUUUAGUAUGGUAUCAUCUUAACAUAAUCAGUCUUAUUUUCUGUUUCCGCCCGGUUACGUUAGUUUCAGACUCAGUGCUCUGUUUGGCCUUCACAUCGCUUCUCUGCCGUCGUGCGCUGCUCACGGAUGACGAAGUGUUUCAAUUAUCCACUAAAGAUCAGUACAUCUUAUCUAACUGUAUACAGACAAGAAGACAGCUGGUGAUUUUACUCAAACACCUGUAAGGCAGCGAUCAAAGUAUCUUGUUUUAUCCAAAUAUCUGAGUAAUUUCACGGAUAUAUGAACCGCGGAUACCCGCGGAGGACGAAUUGCGUCAUCCUGAUAUAUAACGGUAGUAGGCAGAAUGAUAUUACCGACAAAGACAAGGGAGACUGGAAUGGCCAGCCAUACCCAAGCCCGAAGUGUGGAACACCCGAGCCUCGAACUCGCGACCUGUUGGUUUAGAAGUCCACGCCUCUACCCACCGGGCUCGGGUGUUCCACACUUCGGGUUUGGGUAUGGCUGGCUGACGACGGCUAAUAAGCCAGAAAUGGCCAUUCCAGUCUCCCUUGUCUUUGUCGGGUAAUGCCAUUCUGCCUAUAUAUCAUGCGCCGCUGUGCGGCUGCUGGUUGGGCUCGAAAGAGAGCUCUUAAGGCACAACGGAACGACUGAGUUCCGUAUGAACGAUCGGUGAGCGCCCGCUACCACUAUAACGGUAGUAGUUUAAUUUGAGGCUCAGUAAACCACACUUGGGCUUAGUACUAAAGAAGUAAUGUACAAUGUAAUGCUCCAUAUGUGAGGCCGAAUCCUUAGGUUCUCUUGUUAUUUCUGUGCCUAAAAAUAUUUGGAAUUCUUACAUCUUUGGAUUUAGUCAUAUUUCUGACUCCUUGAAAACAAACUCCUGAAGGCUCUAAGCAUUUUCUGUUUUCCUUAAUAAUGGAAGAAAUUUGAAUUAGGGAAUUUUCAGUGUACUUUUUUAAGGAACCCUCCUUAACCAGCUCAUGAACCGCCGGUUUGAUUUUUCUAUUGGUGGUGGGUACGCCCACUUCCAUUGUCUCAUGCGAACCAUCUGCUUUUCUAGAAUCGGACAUUUGCUCCCGUCAGUGCUGCGGCCACCAGCGGUCUUUCGUAAUACGCAUGCUGGACGGACACAACUUUGAGGUGGCCAGAGCAACGCGUCAGUUUAGCUGCGGUGUCAGUCUCGCCUCCUGUCAUCUCUGCUGUUGCUGCUUCUGCUGGGGAUUCUGUGCUGAGGAGGGGGAGGCGGAAAAGCAGGAGGAGUCAGACUUCAGACGGCGAGGACUCGGUCGCAGGAACCUCUCUCCCACCUCGCUGGCCGCCACCUGCCGGCGUGCUCUGUGCUGGUUGCUGCACCGCUGCGACUGCUCGGAGCGUUUCAUGCAGUCCCUCCUGGUGGAAUCCCCGCCGGGCCAGGUCAUUGGACGCGUGCAACAGGAGUACGUUUCUGCGGCAACUUGGUAUGCCCUAGGGGGCCUUUAAGCUGUUGGGCCUUGUGACUCUCGCUCGGAACCCCCUCUCUCCCACUCUGGUUCACAAAGUUUCGAUCAGACAAAGGUUCAGCUCCAGUCGCUGGCGCGGUUUUAAAUAAAUCCGGGAGAUCAGAGGCUGAGUGGAUUUGACAACCCACUUGAAUUCCUUUUCUGAGGAUUUUUAGUCACAUCUCUAUUGAAAAUGUCUGAUUUAGGUUAAGAUACAACCUUUAACUGUCCUCAAGUAGAUUACGUGACACAUAAGACGGACAUAAACUGACCUUAUUGGCGACGUUUUCAAGUGUCAAAAAUUGUGAUUUUUCGAAUACAUGAAGAAGGGGGGAUUUUGGAUGUACACUCCUUUUGUUAACAGAAAGGUUAGUUGGUAAGGAAGAUAUGAGUAACGUAAUUGGGUCCUAAAGAUUCCUGCUGGAGCGAUCUCUUUAUCGAUUAUUUUUUGCGGAAAGCUCGACUUGAAAUACGGCUGACAUAAAGUUCCUUUUAAGCACAUUUGAACCUUCAUCAAUUUCCCUACCGGACUUGUCUCCGAUCGAAUAAAACCCCGAGUGGACGGGAAUUUCUUGAAAGCAUGGAGUCCAGUUACUCGCCUAGCCUACUGCAACCUAUCGAACUCACUAAAUCUGAUUCACUAAGCUGACCACCCCAGCAGGUUAUACUAAGCUAUAAAUCUAAAAUCCUCCAGACGGCUACCUGGCUCACGUAAGUAAUAGGUGUUUUGGCAGAUUUUGCAUAAUUUAUUUUGACCGAACCGAAAAAACUCGGCGGCCCUCCACCCAGGUUGUCGGGUUUUUAGCAGUUGGGCCAAAAUAAAUUACUCAAAAUCUGCCGCAUCGCCCAUUAAUUAUUUUGAUAGCGAGAGAGGUAGCAUACAUCUAGGACAGUUUUUGUAUAGAAGGAGGUUUUUGGACUUCAGAUAGUAUGAUUGCAUACAUUGGAAAUGCGUUCACAGCACGGGAUAUGCCUUGAGGCUCCUGGAAUAGCCGCACAGCGGCUAGUAAUAUAGGCAGAAUAGCAGUGCCGACAAAGACAAGUUGAAAUGCUCACUUCUGCCUUACUAGUUGUCGACAACCAGCCAUAUUCAACCUCAGAAUUUUAUCGUACCCGUAACCCGACCGCUGACGAAACCUCCAUUAUACGUCACCAUUAUCGAUCGUAACUAAUAAGACAAUGGCCUUUGGCCCAGUAGUAGAGUGUUGGGGGUAAUAACGCCGAAAUAUUAAUAAGCCGGAAAUGGCCAUGACAGUCUUCCUCUGUCGUUAUUUUUUUAUGAAACUCCUAUUUGGAUUGGUCGUAGUCUGCAGCCCUUUGAGAUCUCGAUCGGUGUUUUUUCAGUAAUACAUCCUAAGUUUACCCCGGGACAUUUUUAUGCGAUCUAAAAUUGUCAAGAGAAAAGUCUUAUGGUUUUAAUUGCGGAAGUGCAAUCGGCCGUUAAAUAGCAGUCAAAAUCAUUGGCGAGCACUUCAUCAGUGGUUUCAGCUGCAUGUUGCGACCACGGUCGCACACAUCGGAGUCUACAGUUAGAGUAUUUUUGAAAACUACAAGAGAAUUUCGGCACAUUCAGAAAGAAGCCGGAUUCCUGACGGUUGCAUUGAACGAAAUAGCAUUACGGACAGUCAAGUUGACAGUACGGGAUUUUAGGCUGCAAAAUUACGGCCCUAAUCGGGGGAUCUGAUGAUACCUGAGCCCUCUUGAUAGAAAACGUUGGUGUCCAUGGGCUGUCCAGAAAGUGCCAGCCGACAAUGAAACCCAAAGUAUUUGUUAAUGUUUUUGGCUGUUAGCAGAAUAAUAAUUUUUGGACGAGCUCUCUAUUGGCAACAUUUGAACAAGCUCAUUCAGUUUCAGUUUCAGUUUGAGCAUGAUAAAACAAGUCCACUUCCGGAGUUUUGCGCUCUACUGACUGCCGGAUAUUGUUUCGUAGAUCUAAGAUAAGGGCUGGAACGUUCGAGCAAAAAUUAGUAACCCCAACCUGAGUAAUUUGAUACUUAUGCCCUCAUGUGCUGUCCACAAUGCGCUUUUCACCUGUGUGUAUCAAAAGUUAUUGACCCUAAACUAUUCAUGAGGUCAUUAUCAACAUCCAAUAACUACUUAUCAAUAAGAGAGGAAGAAAAUUGACAAUUUGAUCCGCAAAAAGGUCAACAAAAUAUUGCUGAUUCAAGAACCUGGUGAGAUCAUAACAGGCCCGAUUUGGCCUUGAUUUAGAGACGAUCAUUCCUCUCACCAUGGCUUUACCGACAAGAGGGGUGUUUUGAGUCGAUCCGGGUGCAGAUAAAAUUGUUUGAUAUAGCAUGUGGAUGUUGAAAUUUCCAUCCAAAUUUGCAAACGAAUAAAAACCCUAUGAGUUUUUUAAGAUGGGAAACGCAUGCACGGAAUGUAUUUUUACCCGGACGAUUUCAGUAAUAUUGGGUUUUUCUAGGAUUUCUUGGGAUUGUUUUCCAAAAAUAGGUAAGUGGUCACCGUUGAACACUCAAGGCUUCUGCAUCUGGAGUCAGCAUUAAACGAUUUGUGCAGCGGACAGCUUUUGGGAAUUGUUGGCCGUCGGUCCAGUCUCAACUUGACCCACAGGUUUGGCGAUUCUUUCUGACGCGGUAUGCCGGCACUUUGAUUCGGACAUUUCUCACACGUCUGUCCAUGUCUGGGCAUUUACGGUGGACAUUUAAAGUAACUUAUGAGGAGAUGCAAAAAUCUCCCUCCGGUUUGGAUAGUUGAUGUCAAUUGAAACGCUAGAAUGACUUACCCUGGGAUGUUUUCAUUCUUGAAUCUUCUAGGCAGGUGGUAAGCGGGGAGACAUUGCCGAGUACAUUUUCUGCACACUCAUGCUUUUCUUCAGGUGCAGGACUGAAAUUGGAAGUUUUCAAUCUCUUACACAUCAGCGAGUGGUUUUUCUUCCGCUUUGUUUCAGGGGCCCAAUUCCGAAGUCGUCAUGCAUUAAUAAGCUUUAAGUCCCGUUUGAAUUUAUAGAGCCAUUACCAAGAUAAGCGUGCAUCGCAGUUAUGCAUCCGCGUCCGAAACAGUCCCCUACCUUGACGAUAGCAAAAAAAAAACUCACUGGAGUAGCUAAAGAAAGUCUUCGGAAUCUAGUGGGUGAGGUGUCUGAACAACGACCAUUGGUGAGUAAGGCGUACCAACGUUACAAUGCGAUCGAUAAUCAAAUAUUAAAGAUUAUUCAUCCUUUCUCCAACAAACUUGCUUUGGAUGUUUGUCAUCGGGCCGGUCUGUAUAUGAGCGACGAUUUAAAGUGUUCCAGAAAAUUACUCUACCUUAGGCAUUGGAAUGAAGUAGAGGAGUGUAGAGUGAGGUCUGUUUGCCAUUUCUGUUAUUGGAGUUAUCUUCUGACUGGAAUCCCUGCCGCGAUUCCUUCCCGGCACCUGUCACUGGUCAGUUCUGCCAGUUCUCGCCGUCAGUAUUUGCCCAGGAGUCACCUAACAUUAUAGAGAACGGAAAAUCAAUGGGGUCACGUCCAAUGGGCGAAUGGAAAACACGACCAUGCCCGACACAGCAGGCUAAGUCAGUCGCGAAAUCAGUUAGCCAAUGAACGCGGAGUUCAUCUUCGGACAAGCGUGAUGCGCUAGCUCACGAGUGUGGUCCAAUUGAUGACCAGCCGAGGAUUUUACAGUUUUCUUUGAGAGGGUUCUUGUGCGGGAGGCAGCUAAUCCAACUGCAGUACACCAGAGACCAGAAUGUUCUGGAACCCUUUGGAGUUCAAUAAAUGAGGCCAGUUUUGGCGAGCCGUUGAUCGCGUAACUCGGACCCGUAGAAUAAAGAAGUUUCUGCCGGAACCCACCUCCCUCCCUUCCUUUCGCAUUCAUUCCUCGGGACAGAACAUUUAGGAUUUCUGCCUUUACUACAACAUUUAGGCAGAAUGGUAUUACCGACAAAGACAAGGGCCUGUGGCCCAGUGGGUAAAGGCGUUGGACUUCUAACUAACAGGUCGCGAGUUCGAGCCUCGGGUGUUCCACACUUCCGUGUUGGAAAUGACUGGCUGAAGAGGGCUUAUAAGCCAGAAAUGACCAUUUCAGUCUCUCUUAUCUUUGUAGGUUAUGCCAUUCUGCCUAUAUACUGCGAAGUUGUGCGACUGCUGGUUGGGCUCGAGAGAGAACCUUAAGGCAUAACGGGACGAGUGCGUUCCGUAGAAACGAUCGGUGAGAACCCUCUACAAUUACAGCAUUGCAUCAUUCCCCCGCCUUGUCACUGAUAUCUCUCUAUUCUGAGGUCUAAACAUAAUCAGUGCAUGGCUUUUGGACAGACUGGACCAAUUGAAACGCUGCGAAUAUCUUCAUACCUGCACCUAGGGUGACUUUGGGGAUUCUCUGACAAAUGAAAACUUUCCGCCAAAGAAAGUCCGCGGUCAGGUCUGGCGAACCGCGCCUACAAUGCGAAGGCGAGUGCAUCGGACGGCGUCGGCCUGGACUGGAGGCAGUAGGAUAGUCAUCUACCCGUAUUAAACUUUAGAAUACUAAGCGAAGACGUAGAGUACAGUAGAUGUACUAACUCAUGAAAUACUAACUGAACUACUGAAAUAACAUCUCAUCUCGAAACGAUUACUUAAGUGGGGUUGUAAUAUUAAUCAACAUGCAGCAUAAUUCUAUGAGAAUUCAGUUACCUCGAGAUGCCGGCUUACGAACGAACUUCGUUCCGGCCACAUGCAAAAAACUACACCCUGCAAAUAGUGAGUAUUUAAGCGGUAUGGGCUUUCCCAUUGAUUUUGGAUGCCUCUGAAAGUUUAAAUAUAUUUCGUAGAAAAUGCGCAUAAAAUAUUUAUUCCUUUACCCAUUUGGUAGAAAAUUACAUCUUUUUUAAUUUUUAUACUUAAUGAAAGAGUAUAUUUCGGUUUCAAAAGGGCGUCUACGAGAUUUUUAAAACUCUGAGAUGCCCGUUCAUAAAACACCGUGUUUCUUCAUUUACUUAUGUUUUUUGUAAAGUUAACAACAUAGCUCAAAUCCAUCGCUAAAUUUGUUGAACCCGAAAUGGUCUCUUUUUAACAGAGUAUAGAAAUAUAUGAGUUCUUGUACAAAGAAAAUAUGCAACUUCUAGUAAAGAAACCCUGAUUGCAAACGUAACGGCAGGUCUGAUUAAAAAUUAUUCAGGAAUGGGGAAAGUUGUUAAAAAACGAAUUAUACCCCUCUUUUAAACAUGAAACUGGAAGAAGACGUAAUGUUUUACCAAACAAGUGAGAGAACGAAUAUUUCUGUGCGCGUUUUCUACGAAACAGAUUUGAAUUUUUAAGGGCAUCCAACAUAAAUGGGAACAAUUUAUGCUACUUAAGUAACCUUUUUUUACAGAGUAUAGCUAGGUACUGGGUGGGAUCAGAUAGUUUGUGGCAUUGGAGAACAACAGGGCUGAGAGCACGCACCAUCAUCUGUCAGUUCCGGGAGUUCAGAUAGGCGUGCCAUAAGAGACAGUGGGGGUAAAAGAUAUGCAACAACCGUCGUUUCUGCUGCCACUAAGGUGGGUGGACAGUGCGAAUUUAUUAUGUAAUUAUUUACCGUACUAACAACGCAGGUAUUAGCUAAUAACUGUGUCGUUCGUACGGCAAAUAAUUACACAAUUUGAUAUUACUGACUGCCUGUUUGCGCUUUGUGAAUAUUACGCGGCUAUUCCGCAGUAGCUGAUGGAUUCCAGCUGAAAUAUUCACAAAAAAGUUUGGACAGCCUCUGGAAAGGUCUGUCCCGAAAGAUUUACUCCAUUUUCGCGCAUUAAUUUCCUCGAAAAUUAAACAAGGCAAAUGCGAAUCUAUUUUAUAUUACGGCAAGGAAUGGAGAACUAGGAAGACUAUUUCUUUUGCUGGUAAGUGUAAGAUCAUCCACAAUUACAGAGCCAAGCUGCUUCAUAUUGAGGCUCAGAACGUGGCCGAACUAAACAUGCCUGGAUCCCGAAAGGGCGCAUCUUACAAGCCAAGUUCCUGAUCAAACGACUAACUGUCCGUUGAAGACGUGGCCGGGUAGGUAAAUUUGCGGAGUGGAUCGUAACAGGUAAGGAAUAUUGUUGCAUUGCUUGGGCCGCGAUUGUCUAGGUGAAAGACACAUGCUUAUACUCGGAAAGUCGUCAUCUGGCUUUAGUCGGACGAGCUCGCUGGUGUCGAUGGCUCCAAAGGUCACGCGAGAUGGUUUGAUCAAAUGCAUAAUUUCCUUUCAUAACGAAGAUGACACUUUAUCGAUUGGUACUACCUCAGAGCUUGAAUUUAAAGAUGGCUUGGUCGUCACGCAAUGACUAGCAAUGACACACUGACCAUAACAAUGGAUACCCGCAUGGCUGAUUAUAUCUUAUUCCUUUGCAAUUACUAGCUGAUACAGUUUAUCAUAGAACACUCGCGCCAAACUCGCCAUUACCACAGGCAUAAGGCCGUCAUCCUGCCAACUCCAGAUGAAGCUAUUCAAAGUCAUAUGAACCGACAAUUCAUUAAUCUGAUAAUUUUUACCUAGAGUUCCUAAGUGAAUGUUCCUAUCCUUGACUUCAUAAUGACAGAAAACGGAAGCAAAUGUGGGUGAAACAAAGGAGAAUGUACACGUACAUAGGCAAAGUGGGCGAACACAAAAAUAUCAGAAUGCCUGAACACUUGAUGAUCAGUCAAAAAUCCUACGAAGUCCAUGUACAGAAGCGUCAAACUCAGGAAUUUGUAAAAAUAACAAAAACAGGUGGCUUAGAUGUGAACGGAAUAUAGGAGCAUAGAGAAGAAACAGAAAUGCCACAAAACACAGUCAACUCGAAUUGACCUCCCAAUGCAUCGGAGUUUGCCGACGUUCGAUGGUCGACAGCUCGGAGAAUCCCAGGUAAGAUAUGGUUAUGUAGACCACUUGAUGUACACAAUACUGUUGGGGUUGGGGCUAGGAGUUAGGGUUAGGGGUUAGAGUUAGAGGUUCGGAUUGGUGGUCGGUUUUAGAGGUUAGGGGUUAGGACAACUAUUUCCGAACCACUCAAAGUUCAGCUGUGCGUUCCCCGCCCCACCUGUAAAAACCCCUGUUGCCGCCGAUCCCGUAUUACAGGUGGCUGGGGUUUGUUUAUUUCAGGUGGGGCUACAUAACCACAUCUGAACGAAUCCCAAAUCACAAGUUGUGAAAGGCAGAAUUUUCGGACAAACUUUACUGCGGCAAGUGAACGUACAUUCAGUUCAUUAGGCGGAGGCAGCAGGCGUUCUAACGGGCCACCUAAGUCCCGGUGCUAUUGGCUUUACUUACGCCGGAGCUUUGUGUGGCUGCGACCAAUCGAUCAGAACAAAGAAAUCGAUCGGCGACACGGCGUUGGCAGGCCGAAGGCGGAGUCACACACGCGCACAUGCUGUGCUUGGCACAUGUCCCAGGCCAACCGAUGGCAGUAUGAGUAAACAGCCACGCUGAUGACCUUGAGAGCGAACAACUGCAAGUUUGCGUAAAAUAAGGUGAUUGUUGUUACAACUGGGAGAUUCCUCCUGCAAGCAAGCAUUUAAAUUUCCCAGGUCUCACUGACACGUCUAAGAGUGGCCAUCUACGUCAUGUUUAGCCCUGAAUUGGGUGUCUGGAAAAAUUACAUUCAGAUGUGGAGUCAACUUUCUAGUCAAUUUUCGCUGUAUGAACAUAACAAGUCAACGACCUACGACUUUUACAAUUUUAUCCAUAGCGAUCAUAACUCAGCGCGUCUAGAAUUUGUAGUACCGCAUCAGCAAUGAGGACUGAUAAAGUUGACCGAAUUAAACAAACCAAUGAGUUCAGUACCUAACAUUUCUCAAAUAGGGCAUAAAUACGCUAAGUGAGGGAAAUGUUGCGUUAUCAGACUGAUAGCUGACGGCACAUCAUAGCGCUACCAGCGGGUUGAACGACAUUCAGUUCCAGUCAAUCUGUGCGUAACAUGCAUACCGCUAGGUUCCCACUCCGGAUGCAUCGGCUGCAACAGAGUUAACUCGGAUCUCGCAUAGGUGAGAAUGUAAUAAACCCCGAAUGGAGAAAAGGCCAUUGCAACCUAACUCGCCGUCCCGUGAAGGACCGAGACAUCUUUUUAGUAGACAGCCUUCCCAGCCAAGGCCCUUAUUUCUUUGCGAUAGAUUUAAAGCGUGCCAGAAUAGUUUUAUAGUGAUGAAGGCGCUGAAGUGCCGUGGAGAUGGGUACCCCAGAGCCAGCCUUAUUCUCUCUUUCCUCUCCUGGGCACCAGGCCGCUCAUCGAAUCGGUCAGCCAUCUGAUGUGGGGAGUGGAAGCAAGCGACUGGCGCGGCCUGGGUCUGAACGUAGGUGUGCCACCACAUGCGCACAUAUGUAGCGUUUGCUUUGGGCUACGCAGAUUGUGCAGCCCGGUUGAUGCGUGUUCGUUUGACGCAUCUUUGACGCAUCUAACCUUCCUAUUACAGGUGGCCUUGCAUUUAAUUUUAAGGGGAUAGCCUAAUUUUGACCCCAACCGCGCGCUCCCCUGGGAUUGAAUAGGGGCUAUAUUCUCGUGCCAAAUUGAAACUCUGAGAGACAUAAUUAUUGCACUCAGGACGGACGAGCAGGAAACCAUACGAAGAACUACCAACUCUGAAUAAUGAUGUACCUAGCUGGGACAAGGUUCACGAGGGGUACAAGAGGAUGACGAAUCGGUGAGCGAAUCGAAAUAUAGGUUUUGGCCAGAUGUCUUUUUUGAGAUUAGUCCGGAUAAUCAUGACAGUCCGGAAAAAUGCGUGAGUUGCAGCGAUGGACAAAGUGUUGGCUAGAUCUAGGCGAAAUGUCAAUAUCAUUCCAUUGAGAGCCUUCAGGCCCACUGCAGCACACUGACAAACUGCCAUAAAUGUUGCCAAGACGACUGGUCCAGUCUGCGUUGAAGUACCCGGCCUCGAUGAGCCAUCCAAACGGUUGUAUGCCGACCACUUUGCGGGCACAUUGAUUGGAGUGUGGGGAAGAAACAGUAAAGUCUACGGUAGGCCAACUUGUGCUCGUAAAAGAGUCUGUAGGCGUCGACCUGUAUGAAUAAUGUACACUCAAUUUCAGUUAACACAUUGGGGACACGCUUAAUGGCCCUGUUAUAAUGUACUUUACUCACAGGGUGGAAGUUGACUGACAAGUAAUUUAGCCCUUGUAUAACAAUUUCUAGAACAACUUGCCUAUGUCAAAAUGAACGGUCCUCGCAAACCCCCCCAAGCCAGCCAUGCAAAACAGCUCUAAAUGAUGAUAUUUAGAUACUCGUUAAAAUUGGACUGAGCGGUCUAAGUGCAUUAAGUCUCUCCUAGACAGAUUCUCCUUACUAUAAUAUCAACACAGCUUCUUACGUCUUUUCGCGUUUUUCCAUGUUGUUUACAUUCAAAAAAGACACAAUGGUCUCUUUAUUUACAAAAUGCAACCAGAAAAUCUAGUAUUAAUCUUACGUAAGACUGAAUGUCCCUCCUAUGUCAGCUCUGAACAGCAAGAUCGCAUAAUUCAUCUAGGUUUAAAUGAGCGGCCGUUUGUAUUCCAACUUCACAACCCGUGUCCUGCGCCUUGCAGUCAGAAUAUUUCGGGCUUAAAGAGCUAUGACGAAAUUUGUUAACUGACCCAACAGCAAGGCGGAGAUCACGCGUUCCGACUUAACUUUGAGUUCUUGGAACAGUGCACAGUAAAGCUCUUGCAGUGCUGAUAAUGUCCACUGAUUUCUUGGGGCGGCGUAUGCCUGGGCACGUUCAGAGAAAAUCCAUCUCUGAUUUCAACCCAGUCCAACGGACAAAGACAUUUAAGAGUAUGCAAAUUUUGGUGUUUUAAAUCGGACGAAAUUGUGUCAUGUUUCUUGUGUUUUCAGUUCAUCGUCAAACUUCACAAGUUUAGAAAAAGUAGGACCGCUCCACACUAGCUGUCGGCCGUUUGCCGAAAUACGAUAUCCAUAUAUUUAUAUCAUAUAAUAUAUUUCUAUUAUAUUAUAAUACUAUGUUUAUUAUAUUACGUUAUAUCAUAGUUAUUAUUAUAUAAUUCAUUAUUUGUAUCGGCGUUAUCUUAGUGGCUCGGGCCGUUUCCUCGUUAAAAACGUACAGAGAAUGUUUGAUAAAUAAUUCUUCCUUCAAAACUCAUGGAACUGUCCAUGCAGGUUCCUAAGCAUUAAGCGAUUAGACAUAUCACUCACGACCAGAUAUACGUAGACAACUGUCUAUCGCUCGCUUGAUAAAUGAAGGAGGGACUGUUGGGAUUUCUUACUGCUAUUCAGACAAACGUUUGAAUAAAGGACGGAAACUUCAGUGAUGUCGUGCUCAUUACAUCAAAGGAAGGCUCUUACAUGCGGCCAAAAUGAAAGGCCCUUAUGACCAAUCAUUGAAUUUUGGAGGCAAAAUGCCAUAAGAGAAAUAAAUUUUGCAAAAUGCUUGAUUUUUCAAAUUUCCACGCAAUGUAGCGUCGUCUGCACCGAAAGACCCAGUCCAUAAAGCUCUAAAUUCCCUUCGCACGCCGUUUUACACCCAUACAACUGUCCGCAAGCCGUGGCAAAUUAUUUAUUUUUUCCAAAGAAAAAUAAGUGGACUUUAGCAACUACAUAACUGGGAAAGGCUUAUAAUGGGACGUCUAAUUUAUAUUCCAUACCCACCAAGUGUUAAGCCUAUAUUGUUCGAGACACCCAAAUGCGACGGCGAGGAUGCAAUCCUUUGUAACAUAAUAAAAAGCGAUCGUAAAAACUAACUUUUUACGCAUUUUACAUGAGACAGAGAUAAGGGAAGAGUCAUUGCAGUUCCAUUCACAUUCAAUCGCCGUGGUUUACAUUUUAUUCGAAUAAUGCUGUCGAAAAAGCGCUGUCCAUCCCCAGGUGAGGGGCCCGUCUUCAAGCGCACGUCCUCCUUUAUAUCUUUGAUAAAAAGAUAGAGUUCCCUGUUUUUUGCGUGGUUUAGGCAACUACUAAUUAUGCCAUUAGUACAACUGUCCCAUACAACGGUGUAUGGAUGAACGUAGAAGUGAAGAUGCGGGGUCCCCGCCAAGCCCACUUUGGACAAUUUUAUUCUAUCCCCCAAAAUGAAACUGAAAGGCGUCAUAGUAGGACUACGUAACAGGCGUGGUCAGAAUUCUGGAUCCUCAUACCUCUAAAUUACGGCUACGUUAUUUGCAGGAAUAUAGUCGCCAAAGCAUAUCUUUCUGCGUUUUAGACCGCACUGCCCUGAACCGAGAUGGAGCAUCAUUGACAGCGAGAACUGCACAGUGCUGAGAAUAACCGGGCCCUCCUACUGCUGUAAACUGCCCUGCUUCGUGACCAGUAAUGAAUUCCGUGUAAGCUUUGAGUGUCUACUUGCUUUAUCGGUUUUUAAAACUUAAGUAUUAGCGUCACUAAAAGCGCCAACGAUUACCGAAGUAGGUAGUAACUCAGUAAUUAAGUGAAAUGCAUACACAUGUACGUACCUAGGGCAAUAUCAUGAUGUUUAUAUGGUUGUGGAACUGGCAGGUGGCUAAUUUAACUGAGUCUGACGGUAUUCCUUUGCAAAAACCUUAUGAUCCAGUGUACUCGGGUAAUCAUCUGGUAAAAGGACGGCAAGAUAAGGUCUACUAACAAUCAUCGUCAUUCUGCAUUCUAAUUUUGACAUUGUGGAACAGCCUCGUUUUCACCGUAACAUCGGGAGAGUAAGCAAAACGGGAACCCAACUUUUGGAACGUGGACCCUUACAGGUUUCCUCGCGCUACAUUUCAAAGAGGAUUAGGCUUAAGGUUUGGUUUGGAAUAAGGGCUAAGGUAAGCGUUGGUGCCAGGGUUGGGCUUAGGGCCCUGGACUAGUCAAAGCCUGCGGAAUGUAGCGCGCUACGCUAUCGCUAGCGUCAUUUGAUUCUUCCCCCCUGCCUGUCCUUCCUACGAACUUAUUUUGAAAACCUGACUGAUUUUGAUUAGACAUUAUGCGCGUAUCAGCAAGUGGUGGGCACUACUCCAACCGAUGGCGCAUAGAAUAUUCGUAAUACUCCACCGAAACAUAAAAGAGCCUUAACUAACAGAGCUCGGUAGAAAAUUACGUCUUCUUCUAAUUUUUUAUUCGAAGGAGGAACAUAAUUCGAGUUAAAAAAGUUUCUAAGUGUGAGACGUUUAAAUACCGUGAAAUGGUCGUUCAUAAAUCGCCAUGUCUCUGUAUUUCUCAAUGUGGCCUGUAAAUAUAUGGAUUAAAUCCACAACUUACUUUUAUAAACCCUAUAUUGACCUCCUUUACAUCUGUAGAGAAGUGUGUGGUUUUCUAUACGCGGAAAAUAUACGGCUGGCAAUUUGGAAACCCUGAAGCUGAGUGUACCGAUAGAGCGGGUUCAAACUUAUUCGGGAAAUAGAAAGAUUUUUGAAAACCGAAUCAUUCUCUUUCUUUGAAUAUAAGAUUGGAAGAAGACGUAAUUGUCCACCGAAUGAGCAAAAUAAUGAGUAUUUUUAUGCAUGUUUUCCAUGAAAUAUAUUUAGACUUUAAGGGACAUUGAACAUCAAUGAGAAAAAUUCAUGCUACAUGAGUCCCUAUUUUUUACAGAGUGUAGUUUUUGCAUGCAGCCAGAAGGAAGUACAUUCGAAAGCUUAAGUAGUCAUUCUUACAGAUUGUAGUUCCAGCUUGCAGCCGGCAAGAAGUUUUUUUCAAAAACUGGGAUCCCGAAGGAGCUGAACUGUGAAAAAAUUAUGUUGCACGACGAUUAUUUUUACAACCCUACUUAGUUAAUCUUUUCCAAACGAAAGCGCAGUUCGGAAUUUCGGUUGACAGUUCAUUAGUUAGUCCACCUGCUGUACAUUUAGUUUUAACUUGUUCGAAGUUCAUUGAUGGAAAGAAGAGUUUAUUAUCAUCCCAAGCCCACUACUUUUUGCUGGCAGGCUAGAGUCAGCAGAUCGGAGAUGCGCUUAGCCACACAGUUUCUAAUAAACCUCCAAUGGUUAAUCUACACGUGCCAUACGCACGACCCGGUCCCAAGUUCCGCAGGAACUAAAUUUCACUUGGGAUUCCCGUAAGUGGGAGUGCAAGAGACCGCAGUUAGAUGAGACCGUUACAGUUUGGUUCGAGUUUACGGGCAAGACCAACUUAUCCUAUCAAUUAACAGCCUUUCUCUCCUCGUUAAAAGCAGUCCAGAGCCCGUUGGGUGGUCUGUAUCGACAAGCCUAAGCGCUGGAUGCUAGCACGUUCCGGCUUGCUUUAUCUCUCUCCCUAUUCCUUCUUUCAUACGCCGUUUGCUCGUUGGGAUCAGUGAGGGUAAGUGAGAGGUGGAAAUGCUACGCGUCAUAACAGACUUUGGAAAACGUCACUGUGGGUUCGAGGGGCGAGUGCUGGAUAAUGUGUAGGGUCAAAAGGUUUAAAAGCGUGCGCUCUACCAGUAUCAACAAGCCAUGGUCCUCGCAGCCUGGUAUGCGCCGGACGUUCCCUGACGCCUGGUUCCCUGCCGGUAGAUGCGCUUGCGCUCCCGCUGGAUAUUCAGGUGGUAGGCACGACUGCCAGUCAUGCUCGUCCUUCUGACCCCUGUUGGGGUGCUGUUGUUUUUGUCAAUAAAGAAUCCUGGUCAAGUGUAUUUUGUGGAUGAGGGGGUGUGGUGUGCCGCUUUGUCGCCCGCCCGGCCGUGCCAGCCACCGGCGCCCUUCGCCGCCUACGGCCUUUUAAAUUCUGAUUUGACACCGGCUACAGGUGAAGGAGGAGGAGGAGGGGAAAGUGCCGUAGAUGAUGCGCAAGUUCACUAUCACUCUAAACUGAUUCACGUACAAACACCGUGCCUACUGUACACUGCUGUGCAGCACACGUUGACAACGUCGGAAUCGACAGUCAAACUGUCGGGUAAUGUGUGAGUAUAUGAUUAAGGAAGUCUCUGCUGAGGAUACGCGUGAGCAAUGUGAGCGGAAAUGGCGACUGGUAUUACGGUGGUCCUCCUCAUACGUGUGUAUCUGAUGGAAGGGGUCAUGAGGUAGCUUAAUGAGUGGGCGAAGUGUAACGGAGGAUGGCUUUCGUGACGUGUGCUGGACGCGGUUCUAGUCACGGAUUCUCAAGUCGUGUUGCCAUGGAUUGCCAGAUGUCCAACCAGUCUGAUGCGUGAUUUCAGAGCGUGGACAACAUUACACUAAGUCCGAACUGCUAGUGAUUGUCCGCUGUGCCCCGAGGGUAUCUCAACAGUGGGUCAGUCAGCACGAAGGGAGACGCAAACGCGAUGUUGAGGCAUAAACAUCUGAGAUGGGUUUCUAUAUUGGCGAAUGAGACGGUGUUUUGCUAUCCAGAGGGUUCCAUGGACAUGUUGAUAUUUCAGUGAUAGCGGCGACUUUCAACAAAACCAAUCUAGAUUAUGAGCGUGCGUUUACAGUGUGGAGAUGGUGGGAGGUUAGCGAUUGGCGACGCCGUCCCGUAUGAUUUCAGUCUUCCGUGUCUGUUGUUCCGCCAUGGUAGACGGCAUUUGGUCGACUUCAAAAACGCCUACAUCAAUUCUACGGCUGUUCCAUGCAGGCGCUUCCUGGGUCGUUUUUGUGUCACCUAUCCUAGCUUGACUGUGGGCGUCCACAACGACGACUCUGUAUAAGAGUCAUUUGGGUAGGCGUUCGUCAGUUACCCUCACAUGCUGGCUGGUCCAUCCUAGUUGGAUCUCCUUCAGUAUACUGUAGGUGGGCUAACUCAUGAAUUGUGAACCGAAAUUCCGAAAUGCGUUUUCCUUUCGAAAAGAUUAAUGAAGUAGGCUUGUAAAAUUAUCAGUUUGCAGUAUAAUUCUAUAAUAAUUCAGUUACUUCAGGAUGCAGGCUUUCAAACAAAUUUUACACUGGCUGCAUCCAAAACCCAUACUCCGUAAAAGGUGACUACUUGAGUAGCAUGCAUUUUUUCACUUGUUUCCGGUGCCCUUAAAUAUGCAAUUAUAUUUCAUGUGAAAAUGCAUAAAAAUAUUCAUUCUUUUGCUCCGUCAGUAGACAAUAACGUCUUCUUUCAAUAUUAUAAUUGAAAGAAGGGUUUAAGUUGGUUUUAAAAAAGAUUCUAAUUGUGAGAUUUUUAAUACCGUGAAAUGACCCUUUAUAAAACGUCAUGCCUCUGCAUUUACCAACGUGGCUUGUAAAGUUAACAAUGUGGCCCAAAUCCACAGCUUCAUUUUAUGAACCCCAUAUAAUCUCCUCUUAAUACCGUAGAUAAAUGUAUUGUUUUCCGUACGCGGAAAUUAUACGUCUUGUAGUUUGGGAACCCUGAAAGCAAGUGUUACUGCAGAUCGGGUUCAAAAUUAGUCAAGAAUUAAAAAAAGUUUUAUAAAACCAAAUUAUACCCUUUCUUCGAGUAUACGAUUGGUCUCCUCUCAAUAGUGCAAAGAAACGUAUAGUUUACCGUACGCGGAAAUUAUACGACUUGUAGUUUGGGAACCCUGAAUGCAAGUGUAACGGCAAGUCGGGUUCAUAUUUAUUCGAGAAUCGGAAAAAGUUUUUAAAACCCAACUUAUACGCUUCCUUUGAAUACAAAAUUGGAAGAAGCCGUUACUUUCUGCUGAAUGAGUAAAAGAAAUAAUAUUUUUGUCCUUGUUUUUCAUGAAAUGUAACUUAAUCUUCAAGGGCAUUGAAAAUCAAUGAGAAAAGUGCAUGCUGCUUAUGUAGGCAUUUUUUGCAUAGUGUGGUUUUUGCACGUAGCCGGAAACAAGUUCGUUCAAAAGUCGGUGUCAGGAUGUAACUGAAACAUUAUAGAAUUAUGCUGUACAAGAAUUGGUUUUACAACCCUACUUAAUUAAUAUUUUCGAAAUGAAAACGCGUUUCGGAAUUUCUGUUGAGAUUUCAUUAGUUAGCCCACUUACUGUAGCAGCCGCCCCUUGCGCCCGUGUGUCGGAGAUCCAUUCCCGUUGUUUCAUCAUGGAAGACCUUCCGUGGAGGUAGGUGAAUUUUCUCCCUUGGCUUUGAUAGACUGUCUGAGUCCUCGAAGCGUAGAGCAGACUGAACUUCUGAGUCACGUGGAUAGACUGAUGCCACGGGGAAUCCAAACUGAAUAGUAUGUCCUAGAGAAGGAUUAACAAAUGUAGAACAUUCGAGCAGCGAUCUCAAUGCCGACGUUAAUGAUCCCUGAUGUGCUGCUAGAAAGUUAUUACCGACAGUUUCCGUGUCUCGUAAAUCCUAACUUACGGGCUAAACAUUAUGUCACAGGGACUCCAAACUGAAUAGUUUAUAUCUGAGUGGGGCUAGUAGAAUCUCGGUCAGCAAUCUGAUCAUCAAAUUUAAUAAUUCAUGAUGUGUCGUUAGCCGGAUAUGAAAAUCGGUCUACCGCUGCUAACAGGCUGAUCCGAUAGUUGUGGUGUUUCCGAUGAAUUUGGUAGUUGGCGCCGAUCGAUACAUGAAAGUCGGAAGCGGAGAGGUGUAAACAAAGCCGACUGUUUUCUUCAACCAAAAUGUUCAAUGGGCAAUUGUCCUCAUUGAUGGGGCCAUCUACCCUGUCCCCACAGAUGUGUGUUUCCACAGAUGAUAGACGAACCGUAUUUACAAGCUAACUUAAAAAUGAAUUCGUCACGAUUGACUUCUAAAGUAAACAUAUUUCUUGGUAAAUAAACUACCUCCUAUAAUCCCCAUCCCAACUCACGGGCCAUUCAUAGAUUUUUGGGAACGGGUCAGACAGAAAAUGGAAUAACUAUUUAUUGCGCACACGUACCUGAUGAUUCUCAUUUGCCUUUUUUGCGCAUCAGGUGAUAUGGUUGUUGUACUAUUUAUUUUGGGACAUAUUUUUUAAACUAGAUUUUACGUUCUUCUACUGCUGAAGUACUGUAUGACCCUAAAUAGAGUAAUUUAUUUUUUUAAACGACCAGUUUCAUAGCCCUGCUAACUGAGUAUUCACUGCACUGUAGCCUCUAGCAACGCCCACUGAAGCUACAUUGGCGGCCGCAUGAGCAAGAUAAAUUGUUUAUCCUCAGCAAUCAUUGGUACGAUGCAAAAUAUCGGUCGCAGCUAUGGGGACUACGUUUUAAAAUAGGAACUUGCAAAUAUUUACAAACGUAAUCGGCCAAAUGAAGGACGUUUUUCUCAAGUGAGCGCGAUUAUUCGCUUGUGACCUCACCCGAAGUGCACCUCACACUUAUACCUAGUCGCUAAAGGAGAAAUAUUCAGCAAUAAAAUAGGCAUGGUCCACGAUGAUCAUUAAACUUGACAAAAUUUAUCAUUCGAUAUUUUUUAUAAUGGUUUGGUACAUAUUUUGCAUAAUAAACUUCUGUUCUGUUCAUUUGACCAAAUUUCUGGAAAAAAUUGCAGUCCGAGUUACCGAGUACGGGCCAUCUAAUCCUCCUUUUCCAAAUUUCAUAAUUUCUUCUAUUUACGAGUUGCUGUGGAGAAAUCAGACUACUUUUUAUUAGGAUUUUUACAAAUUCCAGUUAUAUACUGCACAUAUUCUCUCAAGAGAAGACACAAGAGGUAUGCUAUGCAUAAAAGUCGACAUAAAAGGUGACAAAGCGUUCGCCGUUACAUAGAAAAAUUAAUGUAUUUUCAGCAAAUACAUUUUUGACGCAGCUUUUUUAAAAAUACUUGACUGUUUUACCGCUGAGAAAUAUCGAGUGAAUAAGUUUUCCAUCAGUCAUUUGCUUAUCAACCGAUUUUCCAAUCUGAUUGGAGAAAAUACUAUCAGCUAAUUAUUUAACGCGUUUCACUUUGUGAUCGAAAUACGUCCGACAUAAAUGAUUAAGCUUUACUGUUAUCCUUAAUUGGAUUCGACAUUUUGUUGAAAACACUGUCUAGACAAAGGUGACGUACCUAUGAGCUUGCAAUCAGCACGGAGAAUGGUGGACACACAAAUCAAUUUCACGUUCAUCUGUUUAUGAUAGCACCCGAGUGUACGGUUCAGAACUACUAACUGUUAAUGGUAAUUUUUGUCUCUCACUUUCUUCAAAAACGACGAAAGACAGUUUAGAGUAAAAUCGAAACACGGCGUUCUCAGGGCAUUGUUUCCUCCAAUAAAAUUUAUGGAUUCUACGAUUGUUUUAUUUACUGUUUAAACGCAGUUUAUGACAUCAGAGAUCAGAGCAGGAUACAAUUAAAAUUUAUAUGAUGAAGGCAAGCAAAAGAUUUUUAACUGGCUUAUAAGGUUGGUAUGCGAAAAACGCCAUCUUUGCGGUUUGAAAUGCUGGUUAACGUGGCGAUGUUGUUUUACCACAUGUCCUUGCUGAUUAGGCUGCAGGCGUAAAUGUCCUCGCCAGAUCCAAUAUUCAGAGUCCGACCUGCGGCUAAAGAAUUAGAAAAUAAGUGAAAAACGCCAUUAUGACCGCCUGCAAAGACGACACGUCAAAUUCUAUCAUGUGGUUAGAUAGAAAACUGUCCGUUAAGUUUUCGAGCACAUUUGAAAUAUGGGUAGGUACUUUGUUGCAUUUAAUUCCCUUGGUCGACGAUGAAAACAACUGCUCUCCGUAUGCUGACCUCAAGGCGUUAAGAGAGAUCUCAUAAAAUUUAACCUGGUUUGUUUUUUCUUGAGGAAAGCGUGUCCUACGGCCAACGGAAUGAGUCGUACCUACAAAUAAACGCUAAGAUGAAUCUUCACUGCCAGCCAUAAAUGAGCCACUAAUUGCAUAUCUUCGUUUUCUGACAGCGUUUUAUCUGCGAAGGUGUGUCUAGUUAUUUUCUUUCUCCCAUAAGUUCUCACAGAAAACAGUGCACGUGUUUCCUUUUUUCGAGAAAAGUUGGAAGUUUGCUUUUUGGGGACAAAUUUGUAAUUUGCGUCGAAUUAUUCCCGUCCUAUUACGUACGUAAUGCAAAUGCCCGACCCGAUAUCGAAAAUCGUUUGUCAACCGGUCAGAGAGGAAAUUAGGACCUAUCAAAACCGCUUAUAAACUAAAAUUAAUCAUUUGGAAUUACAAACACAGAGUUUUGCCCUACCAUUUCCCAAAUUUUUAAAGAUGUUUGUUGUUUAGAUAGAAAAACUGUAAAAGUAAUGGGUCUUUUCUCCAUGCAUUAUGUUUAACGUUUUUUGCCUUUCCGGAUUUUACAGAAGAAAUAAUCAUUUUUCGAGUGUGUCAUAUAUAUUGUAACAUAGUUCUCUGGCUUUAAAUGAUAUCUCAUCGCAAACCUGUGCAGAAUAGCGCCCACACAGGAUUUACAAGGUUUAUUAGCAUUAAUGUUAGUAACGCUGAAGGUGAACAAUCUUAUAAAAUAUUAACCUAAAUUCGGGACUGCAUUUUCAAUUGGGAAGAAUUACGUAUGUGGUGUUCCAAUACUUAGUAGCAGUCAGCGUAAUAACAACGUGUUUCAGUCAUGCCAUGAUGUGGGAACUUGAGUGAACUUCGUUCUGGUAGUUUGAGCAAUAUGAAUUUUUUCUGCGGAUUUUUGACACGCUUAUAAACCCAAAAAAUAUUUCAUGCAUAGCCAUUAGUUUGGCAGGAAAUCAAUGUUUCUUACUUUCUGAUAGUCGAAUGGUUUUAAGUAGUUCGCAAUUAUUAGAUUUUUUUAUGAUCGUGGAAUGUCCUUCCAAAGGGUCUCGUGUCUGUUUUUUACCACUACUUCUUGUGAAGUAUACAACAAAGUCAACCCCCAUUGCACAGCUUUAUUAACAUUAUAAUAUAUUUUUUAUGGCAAAAACCAAUGAACAACUUUUCUUUCGUGGAAAAUAUUUAACCUGUAGACUCCUGAACCCAGAUACAAACAAAACGACAGUUUGAGUUAAAAAUUAUUCGGGGAUCUAAAAAGUUUUUUCGAAAGUUAAAUACACCCUUUUUGAAUAUUAGAUUGGACGAUUACGUGUUUUCCUACCGAAUUUAUGCUGGAAGGAAAAAUUCGUGCUUGGUUUUCACAACAUAUAUGAAUUUAUUAUAACUUCAAAAUUUGGUAAAACGCAUAAUGCUCAACUGAAAUUAGUAUGCUGAGUGUACGUGGUAAAAACAGAUUGUUGCAAAUUGUGCGUUGUAACUAGCUUAUGCAACAACUAAUGUUAGGAUUUUGCGCAACAUCUGUCCCUUUGAACAAUAAGUUGAAUUAAAGAAUGAGAUUUCUGACUCCGAUGUUUCUCAGAAGACUAUGCCAUUCCUGUUCGGCACCGUUCACUGGUGUGGUUUAAUGCUGUCUAUAUGAAUCCGUAAUUUGACUUCUAUUUUUCGAAGUCAAUGCGGAGUUGUACACGUUUGUGCACAUUUUUAAAAGUCAGUUUUCAGGAAGUUGAUUAUUCGAAAUGGAAAUUACACUACAGUGAAUAAGCUUCUUAGUUCCUGCUAUGUUUUCAAAGAAUGAUCACUUUCUUUUACUCGUGAACAAAGUGUACUCGACUGCAUAAAUAAGCUAGGUGAUGGGCCGGUCGUCGUUAAGUAUUGUGGUCCGCCCUUAAGCUACCUAUUUACAGACAAAAUUGGGUCCUUAAAUGAACUGUAAGGAAGUGAGUAUUUACGCAACUAGUUUUUUUAUGCUGAGCACAUAUUAUUAAGAGUAAAAAUGUCUUCAGAAUUAUCAGAAUAAUGAUAUCUGUUCCACGCAUCCCUAAUGCUUUCCGUUAACAGAAGACUAUGCUUAAGCCUGUAUCAUGGGUAUUCAAACGGCUGUUGUUUACUUUCAUCAAGUUAUCAUGCAAAUAUUAUUGAAGGAUAAUGACAUGUUUGUUAUUCGAAUUACUUGUGUUUACGCUUAUGGUAAAUUCAAUGGUAAGCUGGUGUAGUCAUCAUGGCUAAAGUGAAUUUUCUUAUUAAAGUCAUGUUAUUAUCUAAUCUACCAAUUUGCAGAUUAUGUCGGCCGAUGGUUCUACACUCCUGGGCUACAUCAUAAAAGAGUGGACAGGAUUCGUUCGGGAGGUUUUCACAGACGCUGAUGACUUUUCCUUACACUGCAAGUUUUGA